UUGUUGUACUGUAUUAGUAGUACAAGUGUAUGAAACAGUGUAGUCAUACUGUAUAUAAAACGGAUAGUAUAGUCACACACUGUUUUAGUAUCAUAUAAUUUGUUGUAUUAUUUAUUUAAUACAUAAGCAAUGAGUGGUAAUUCGGCAUCAGUUGGCGGUUCGUCGCCGUCAUCGGUGGUAACAUCCCGUCGAAGUGCAUCUCCGGACCAUUUCUAUGAUUUUGAUUACUUUAUGAGAAUGUCUUACAGAAUACACGACGACUUCAGGGAUGUCAACGAUAAAGAACUGUUUAGCGAAAGUAUCUGCAAUAGUAUUAGUGGUCAAGAAGUGGUAUUAUCACAACACAAACAUUCAAGUCUUUGUAUUCAAUGGUUGAUUGAAAACACUGGAAACGCCGAACUGAUCCGAAAGUUGGCCGAAAGGAUAUGUGUGUCGACCAUAUCAUUGGAUUUCCUAAUGAAUCAGAGUAGCAGUUGUGUCCUACAGGCGCUCAUUGAGGCAACACUCAAGAUAUUGUCUAAAGAAAGUCAACAAACCGCAGGCGGUAGCGAACGUCAUAUCAAGUGGACUACUCAAUGGUUGCACGACAUCGGAAAGUUGACUAUCCAACACUUUAAUCAAUUACUUGAGGACACCAAUGGCUCUCAUGUUAUGACCACAACAUUGGAAGCAUUGGGAGGUAUUAGAGUUGGUCGACACUGGAGUCGUAAAACAAUGGGAUUUGCAAUGAAAACAAAUAUACACACAGAGAUCGAAAAGGAUGUCAUCAUCAAAGAGUUGCCCAUCACUUUCAAACAUCUAUUGAAACGGUUCUCCAAAGCACUGGUACUCGAGAGAAAUGAACGCGAAAUGAAGGAAAUAAUUUUAGGCAAAGCAACCUCUUUAGUCCAAUACUUGCUAUUUGUGCUCAAAGUCCGCUACACAGAGCUCUGUCAAGUAGUGGUCAAACGUUUAGUCGAAAUCAUAUUCCUCAACGACGAAAGUAAGUUUGCUAUCACCACGAGUUCGGUGAGCGCCUACUUAGUCGAAGCGGUCAUACUUGUGGCCAGUGAUCAUCGAUUGAUGCGUCUCUGGAAUAAGCAUUUGAAAGGCAAUCUCAAGAUUAUGUGGAAACACGAUAUCGCAAACUUCAUCGUUCAGCGGCUUAUCGACGCUACACAACAACAAGCAUUGUUCUCAGAUAUCUGUGAAGAAUUAUUUCCGAGUUUGAGUUCAAUAUUUCGCAACAAUAGACCCGGUAUUGGUGUCUGUCUGUCAAAGGCGUGUCAGAGAUUCCCGCCGUCGCAACAGGAGUUCAUACAUGCAUUGAUGAAAUCAUACAAUUGUUUUGAACCAAAAGAGCGUCAAAUACAGUUAGUGCCUGUCAUGUUGUUUAGCGAACAACAGUCAUCAUCAUCGUCGCGACAACCGUACGGAAAGGUAGAUAUUUGGCUUCACGGGUCGCUUAUGUUGCAAUACAUAUUCGGUUUCGACGAUCCCUAUAAAGUGACCAGAAGUUUGUUAGCAUUGGAGCCCAAAGAGAUUGUUUGGAUCGCCAACGAUAAGAGUGGCAGUCAUGUGAUCGAGACAUUCCUUCAGAGCCAAACUGUGACACCGAAACAAAAGGCUCAACUCAUUGAUCAACUUCGAGGCUGUUAUGUCGAUAUGGCUAACGAUCGGUUCGGCUCUCGAAUUGUCGACCAUAUCUUAAGUAGUGUAGACUUCAAACUCAAGUCCAGUAUAAUGGAUGAGUUGGUGGCCCGAGAGUCGCAACUCAAUAGUACUCGCAAUGGCUAUCAUUUGGCCAAAAAGGCCGGUCUUUAUCACUAUAAGAACAGAAACGACGACUGGAAAGAGGAAGAGAAGAGUAGAGCCAAACGUCGCCGAGAAAUGCAAGACAUCUUCUAUACUGAAACCAGACCUAAAAUACAACGUAUGAAAUGAAAAGCAAACAAACAAAUGGUUAUAUAAAAUAAGAUAAUUAUUAUAACAUUCACACCAUAUAUAUUCACACAAUUAUUAUAUUAUAAUUAAUAAAUUAUAUGACAAUU